UUCUUCUGAUUGGUGCAGACCACCACGUUGGAUGAGUGCCUGGUGGUGUUUGAGCCACUGGGGGUGGUGCUGAUUGUGGGGGCCUGGUGUAGCCCUGUUCAGCUCUGUCUGGUACCCCUGGUUGGGGCCAUUGCCGCAGGGAACUGUGUGAUCCUCAACCCCUCAGAAUGUAGUUCUCACACAUCGGAGCUGCUACACCAUCUCAUACCGUCAUAUCUGGACAAUGAGUGUUACCAUGUGACCCUUGCAGGGGUGAAUGACCUGACUGAAAUAGUGGACCUCAAAUUUGAUCAUGUCUUCUUCACAGGUAAAAAAGGUUCUGAUUUAAAAUGUCACCAUUGCCUUAUCUGAAUUUUGCGCCCUAAUCUUUGUUGUAUCAGAAGUAAUGUGUGCUCUGUGUAUGAGGUAAUAAUGGUUCCCCUAGGAAACCGUGGGGAUGGGGGCAGAGUGGCACAGGCAGCAGCCCGCACCCUCACACCCGUCACCCUGGUCUUGAGCGGUGGUAAGAACCCCUGCUACGUGGACCAGCAGUGUGACAUCACCACCACGGCACGACGCAUCACCUGGGCGCGCUUCCAUAAUGCUGGGCAGAGUAUGGUAGCACCCGACUACGUCCUGUGCCAUGCCGAGGUCAAAACACAGCUGCUCCAGGCCUUGCGCUGCUGCCUCCUGCAGUUCUAUGGUUCAGACCCCCAGGAGUCAAGGAGCUUUGGCCGCAUCGUGAACCUGGAGAACUUACACCGCACCACGGACCCGCUGCGGAAGUCUGGCAAGGUGGCUGUAGGAGGCCAAGUGAAUGAAGCAGAUAAAUACAUUGCACCAACCAUUCUGUGCGAUGUGAUCGACUCGGACCCUAUCAUGCAGCAGGAGGUUUUCGGCCCCGUUCUGCCCAUUCUGACCGUCAACAGCAUAGAUGAGGCAAUCUCCUUCAUCAGUCGUCGAGAGAAGCCUCUCUGUGUGUACGCUUACUCUAGCAACAGCAAGGUAAUCUCAAGGCUAAUGAGUGAGACCUCAAGUGGGAGCUUCUGCUCCAAUGACAGUGUCCUGCAGAGCCUGAUGGUGGUCCUGCCUUUUGGGGGAGUAGGUGCCAGUGGGAUGGGUUCCUACCAUGGGCGCUACAGCUUUGACACCUUCUCACACCGGAAAUCAUGCCUGCUCAGAAACACUUGCAUCGAGUGUGUCACCUACCUGCGCUACCCACCAUAUGAGGAACGCAAUCUGUCACUUAUGACCUGGGCAAGUAGCCUUUCCCAGAAGAGCCAGGGCUGGUGCCAGAUACUGUGACUGUGUGCGAGUUGGAAGACGGAGACCUUUUUACAACACUGAGCCGGGCUGAGCUCUACUGUACUGGCUUGAUUACACAUCCACCAUAGUUGUUGAAACCAUGCUGUAAAGCCCAGUGUGAAAAGAGGAUAUCUGAACCUACAGUACAUUCUGAGGACCGGUUGUGAUAGUUCUCCAAUAUGACAAUAUAUUCAGCACUUUGCAUUUGAUGUAGAACAUGAUGCUAAUGCAGUGACUAUGAUCAGCAAGUUUAUUUACUGCAGCAUGGCAUGAUAGCCCAUCAGUAUAAAUAUUGUAUCUAUGGGAUAUUUUAAGCUAUUCAUCCAGUGCUCUCUGAAAUACUUUAUAAAGAAGCUUCUUGUGACCCAACCUGUGACAUUUAAAUACAACAAUGUACAUUGUGUGCUUCCAACACAGGAUUAUAACUUGCUCACUUCAUUACAAAAUUUGAAUUCUUUAUUCGGUAUUAUCCUACUGUCACAGGUUAUUGUUGUAGCAGUUUCCACAUUUCAUUAAAAGCAACGUGCCACUCAGUAUGUUAAGGUUUAGCCUCCAGCAAAGUCGAACUUGGAUUCUAGUCUUUAUUUGAAAUUUAGGGGCAGUUCCAUUACGAGAUAUUCAAGCUUAGACCAUCAAUCUGUCUUUUACAUAUGCCAAUGAUGAAUUCAACCCUUAAACAGAAUAAAUG